AGUGAUCAAGACCUCAGCCUCUGACUCAACAAUCUUAGCAGAAAAUAUGCCGAUUGGAUUGGGCAUCAAUGGCUUUGGCCGCAUCGGCCGUCUGGUUUUCCGCGCAGCGGUGGCCAACCCAGAUGCAGAGGUGCAGGCCAUCAACGAUCCUUUCAUGGAUGUGAAGUACAUGGUCUACCAGCUCAAAUAUGAUUCCGUCCACAAGAUGUUCGCAGGCACCAUUGCAUGCAAGGAGGAGGGCGGCAAGGAGUUCUUGGUUGUGAAUGGCAAGGAAAUUGCUGUCUUCCAUGAGAAGGACCCAGCCAGUAUCAAGUGGGGAGAAUCUGGUGCUGAGUAUGUAUGCGAGUCGACAGGCAUCUUCACCACCAAGGAGAAGGCUGAGCUGCACCUGGGCGGUGGCGCCAAGAAGGUCAUCAUCUCUGCGCCGCCCAAGGAUGACGUCCCGAUGUAUGUUGUGGGCGUCAACCACACUGACUACAAGAGCACGGACACCGUGGUUUCCAACGCAUCGUGUACCACGAACUGCUUGGCCCCACUGACCAAGGUGGUUCACGAGAAGUUCGGCAUUAUUGAGGGCUUGAUGACCACCGUGCACGCAAUGACCGCCACACAGCUCACCGUGGAUGGCCCCUCCCGUGGUGGCAAGGACUGGCGUGGGGGCCGCUGCGCAUCCCAAAACAUCAUCCCCUCCUCGACUGGCGCCGCAAAGGCCGUCGGCAAGGUGAUUCCGGCAGUGAAGGGCAAGUUGACUGGAAUGGCCUUCCGCGUGCCCACCCCGGAUGUCUCUGUGGUGGAUCUCACCUGCCGUUUGGAGAAGCCGGCCAAGUACGAGGAUAUUGUGGCGGCGAUCAAGGAAGCUGCUGCGGGCCCCAUGAAAGGCGUGCUGGACUGGACCGAUGAGGAGGUAGUCUCCACCGAUUUCGUCACUUGCAAGUCCUCCUCCGUCUUUGAUGUGGGAGCAGGCAUUUCACUGAACGACAACUUCGUGAAGCUGGUCAGCUGGUAUGACAACGAGUGGGGAUACUCCAACAGACUAGUGGAGCUGGCUGUUCACAUGAAGAAGGUUGAUGGCUGAAGGUGACAGCGGAACUGGUUCAUGGAGGACGCGCUUGAUUGUCAGAGUUUGACUAGCUGAUCACAAAGUGAG